AUGAAGUUCUCGAAGUGUGUUUCCCUCGCUUGCCUAGCAGCUUCAGCUGUUGCCACCCCCAUUCUCAAACGUGCAAUCAAUUCAACGGCUCUUGAGGAAGAGGUUCCUGAUACCACCAACAACAACAUCCAUACGGCGUAUGGAAAGCCCUUUGCAGUAUACCAACCUAAAGCCUUUAUUAUUUCCAUGUUUGAGCUUGAAAGGGACCCAUGGUUGAAAGCCAUGGAUUUUGUUCACAAUAUUACCAUCCCAGGUUUAUCGCCUCUGUACCCCACUGUCCAUUGUACUACCAACUACUCCAUUUGUCAGUUCACUACCGGCGAGGGCGAAAUCAAUGCUGCUAGUUCUGUUACUGCGUUAACUUUGAACCCAUUGUUUGAUUUAACAAAGACCUAUUUCUUGAUUGCUGGUAUUGCCGGUGGUGAGCCUGACUAUACCACUCUUGGAGGUGUUACAUUUGCAAAGUAUGCUGUUCAAGUUGGGUUGGAAUAUCAACUUGCUUACGAAGAUUACCAUCAGACAAACUCCAACUGGACUUCAGGUUAUGUUCCAUAUGGUGCCGACUCGCCGCUCGAAUACCCAGGAAAUGUUUACGGAACUGAAGUGUUUGAAGUUAAUGAAAAUUUGAGAAACAGGGCAGUUGCGUUGGCUUCGAAUGCCACUUUGAACAACGGUAACGAAUUGAACAAAAAGUUUAGAAAGUUGUACAACCAAACUGCUGCACGUGGUGAUGCCAAAGUUGUUAAAUGCGAUGUCUUGACCAGUGACAACUACUUUACUGGUAAUGUAUUGAAUGACUACUUUGGCAACUUGACUAAAUUGUUGACAAAUGGUACAGCUACUUAUUGCUCCACUGCUCAAGAAGAUAACGCUUCAUUGGAAGUAAUGACCAGGUUGGACAAGUACGGGUUGGUAGAUUUCGAAAGGGUCAUGGUGAUGAGAACCAUUUCAGAUUUCUCAAGACCACCACCAUCAAUGACUACAUACGAAUAUUUCUUCAAUAGAACUGAUGGUGGAAUUCAAGCUAGUUUGGAUAACUUGGUCAUUGCUGGGACCCCCAUUUUAAAGGACAUUUUAAACAACUGGGACACUGUUUACGAAAAGGGACACAAAUAUGCUGCCAAGAACUACCAGGGUGAUAUCUAUGGUACCUUGGGUGGUACCCCAGAUUUUGGUAAAUCUUCGUUUGAGGUUGCACGAGAAUCUAUAGCAUAUGACGCAGCAGGCAAGGGAAGUCUAUAUAUUCCUUCAGACUUUUUUGGCGCUCCAAGUCGUCAACAUGACAAUGACAAUACUGAGGUAAACGAAAACUCACCCUUGCUUGGCACACCAGAGACACAAUCAACUAUAGAUUAUCCAAGGUAUUUGAAACCUCGACGUAAACUGAGCUCAGCUGCUAGGGAAUUGCUAGAACAAGAGCGUGAACUAUUGCAAGACAAUAAUAUCAGUGUUGACGACUGGAAUAGCGAUGACGAAAUUAGAGACCAAUUUGAAUCAGCUCUUCAAAAACACCAAAUAGAAGUCUCUAGCGCUGCUAUCGAGUUGAAAACAAUAAUCCGAACGUCCGCUCCAUCUGUGAUUACUUUUCUUCUAGAAUGCUCACUUUCGACAGUUUCAGUCUUUACUGUCGGUCACAUAGGAGCAACAGAGUUAGCAGCAGUCUCUAUGGGUGCAAUGUUGGCUAACAUCACGGGGUACGCUACUAUACAGGGCAUUUCUACAGCAUUGGAUACUCUAUGCCCGCAAGCAUUUGGGGCCAAGAAGUACACCAUGGUCGGAGAGUACUUUCAAAAGGGCACGGCGUUGAUUGCAGUUGUCAUGUUUCCCAUUGUGAUUAUAUGGCUAUUCUUUGGAUAUGAUUUGAUUUGUCUUCUUGUCCCGGAUAAGGAGACGGCAAAGUUGGCAGCACAGUACCUCCAGUACGUUUCCGUAGGUAUCCCUGCUUACAUAUUGUUUGAAUGCGGAAAGAGGUUUUUGCAAGCGCAAGGGAUCUACAACGUUGGAGCAUAUGUAUUGCUUAUUGCUGCACCAUCAAACUUGAUCAUGAAUUGGUAUUUGGUGAAACAUAUUGGAUACAUUGGUGCGCCUAUCUCUGUUGCCAUCAAUUACUGGUUUAUGACAAUUGGACUAUUCUUAUUGACUGUGCUCUUUGUCGUUAGGAAGUUUCAAUGGGGAGGACUCAUAACUUUGGCCAUUCCAGGACUCAUAAUGUUGGAGGCUGAGUUUCUUGCAUUUGAGGUUAUGACAUUAUUGGCUUCGUAUUUGGGCACUAAAGCUUUAGCUGCACAAUCCAUUGGUGUAACAAUGGCAUCACUAACUUAUCAAGUGCCAUUUGCUAUUGGUAUUGCGUCGUCUUCUAGAAUUGCCAACUUCCUAGGAGCAGGGUUGGCAGAGUCAGCAAAGGUGACGACUAAAGUGUCCAUUGCCUUUGGAAUGGUGAUUUCAAUGUUGAACUGUCUUGCAUUGUACUGCUUUAGAAGACCAAUUGCGAAUCUCUUUACCGAUGACCAAGAAGUUAUUGACAUUGUGCUUGGUGUGAUGUGGCUUAUUGCAGCCAUGCAAGUUUCUGACGCCAUGAAUGCAAACUCCGCUGGGUGUUUAAGGGGCCAAGGACAAACCAAGAUUGGAGGAAUUGUGAAUCUUGUUUCGUACUAUGUUGUUGGUCUCCCGUUGUCGAUCUACCUCUCAUUUUACUCACCAUGGAAAGGUUCAUUGCAUGGUUUGUGGUGGGGAACCACGGUUGCCUUGACAAUCAUUGGUGUCGUGCAGAGCUACUAUGCUUUAGCUGCCGAUUUCAAUCAUUUGUGUGAAGAGGCCAGGAAAAGAACCUCGAGUGAAGAAGUGUAG